AUGAGGCUGGUUGGGGUCCUUGGGGCCUGGCUGGCAAUGCUGCACGGUUUGGCAGCAGGGGCCGGGGUUGAGAGUCGGGAUGCAGAUGUACUUCGAAUUGGGUUUGGAUCCUGCGCCAACCAGCGCAAACCCAAUCCGAUGUGGCGAGUAAUGCGAGAAGCUGCCCCAGAUCUCAUGGUGCUGCUCGGUGACAACGUGUACGCGGACAGUGUCAUUGUGCCCCCGCUACGCACCCCAGCUACGGUCGAAGCCCUCGAGCAAAGUUAUGCGCAGCUACUCUCUCUUCCCGACUUUCAAGCACUCCGCGCCGACACACCACUCCUGGCCGUCUUUGAUGACCAUGACUAUGGCAAAAACGACGGCGACGAAAGCUGGGAGCUGCGCACCACGGCCCAACGUUUACUUCAGGAUACCUUCGAUCAAGAUCCGCGUUUAGGAAUUGCCAGUCGGCGGCAACAGAGUGCCAUGUACACCGUGUGGCGCCACCAAUGGCAUGGCCUUCGUGUGCGCAUCAUCUUGCUCGACAAUCGGUCGCACAAGUCGAGGCAGCCGCGAUUCUACGUCUCGGAGCAUCAUGCUCAGGAUAUGCUGGGCCCCGAGCAGUGGAGCUGGCUUGAGUCGGAGCUGCGUACGCAGAGCGCAGACCUCACCAUCAUCGGUUCGGGGCUACAAUUCGUUGCACAAGAUAAGGUGGCGGGCGAGCAAUGGGGGCGCUUUCCGGCUAGUCGCGCCAAAUUAUUGGCACUUCUGGCAACCACCAACACCGCCAAUGUGGUCUUCCUGUCAGGAGAUGUGCACCUUGCCGAGAUGCCACUUCCUCGGGAAUGA